AUGUCUAUUUCGGGGCCAGUCAGCAGCUACUACGUGGACGCCAUCAUCGGCCAGGAGAGCGAGGAGGUCUUCCCCGGGGUUCAGUACCCGGGCUCCAGCGCCGCGGGGCCGUGUCCGCUGCCGGCGUCCGAGCACCCGCUGGCGGACUCCUUCCCGCCCUGCAGCUUCCCCGCCUCCUGGAGUCCGUUCGGCCCGCACUACCAGCCCUAUUUACCGGCCGCCGAGCCGCGGUACCUGCGCUCCUGGCUGGACUGCGGGCCCGCGCAGCGCGUUCCCGAUGCCGUCAAGCUGGAACCUCAGCUCCUUGGCGCCAAAAGCGCAGGACAACAACAACAACAACAACAACACCAAGACGGCGGCCCCUUCAUCCUGGAGUCCGGCUCCAGAUCCGCGGCACCGGCUGCCGACAUCGUCCCGUCUGCGGGCUUCCGGGGCAACGUGGAGGCUCGUGAGGGCGGCGAGGACAAAGAAGAUCAAAGCGACCCCUCGGCCAACUGGCUGCACGCGCGCUCCUCCCGCAAGAAGAGGUGUCCGUACAGUAAGUACCAGACGCUGGAGCUGGAGAAGGAGUUCCUCUUCAACAUGUACCUGACCCGGGACCGCCGCCACGAGGUGGCUCGCGCGCUCAACCUGACCGAGAGACAGGUGAAGAUCUGGUUCCAGAACCGCAGGAUGAAGAUGAAGAAACAGAGCAAGGACCAGCCCAAGGACUAG